AUGCAUCCGGACCAGAAUGUCGAGAGUGCUCCGGAUGACGAAACUUCUACGGAGGCUGCCCCUCUAAUCCUUCAGCCCGAGAAUGAGACUGUUGCUCCUCCUGGCCAGGUGCAGCCUUAUCGCCGCCUCGGUCUUCUCUCUACAACAUUCCUGAUAACCAACCGGAUGAUUGGUACGGCAAUUUUCUCUGUACCAUCUGCUAUUGCACAUAGCACCGGAAGCGCCGGUGCAUCCCUGGUCGUCUGGGUUGCUGGUUAUUUUCUGUCGUUUUGUGGCUUCUUUAUAUACCUUGAGCUAGGAAGUCUGCUACCACAUAAUGGCGGGGAGAAGAACUACCUCGAAGCUGCCUAUCCACGUCCGCACUUAUUUGCGACCGUGAUAUUCGCGACGCAUGUUAUCUUUCUUGGCUUCGUCGGCAUUGGAACUAUUGCCAUUGCAGAGAACUUACUCUUAGCUACCCAAGUAACAGCUAAUGACUGGGUUAAACGCUGUAUGGCAAUCACUCUCAUGGCAAGUGUCGCAGCGAUGCAUAUCUGUGCGAAAACCUGGAAUGUGAAACUUAUGAAUAUUCUUGGUUCACUUAAAUUGCUUGUCCUGGCUUUGCUAGUUGUAGCUGGUCUUGGGCUCGUCAUUUUCGGGUCACCAAAUGUAGCUCACCCUGGCGUCAGUUAUGAACGCCCGUUUGCCGGGUCAUCGACCGACGUCUCGGACUACACAGUCGCCCUAUUUAAAGUCCUGGCCACCUUUCAAGGUUGGUCCAACGCAAUGUAUGUCCUGGAUGAGGUGAAAGACCCUCGACGAACACUCAAGGCAGCAGGCGUCCUGGGAGUCGGCUCUGUAGGGAUUCUGUAUGUCCUGGUGAACGCGGUUUUCUUCGUUGCGGCAACACCCAUGGAGCUGAGUGAGACCGGUAUCACGGUGGUUGCAUUGUUCAUUGGGAAGGUCUUCGGUCAGCAUAUGCAACGCUUCACAGCCAUUCUUGCUGCUUUAUCAUCACUAGGAAAUAUCAUGACCGCGUCUUUUUCAAUGUCCCGAGUCAUUCGCAGUUUCUCACAGGAGGGCUUAUUGCCAUUUUCUCGAUUUUUCUCCAGCAGAUCCAGCUCGGGGUCACCCGCUGGGGCAUUUGCAUUGGUCUUUUUCUCCUCAUGUGUUAUGAUCAUCGCUGUUCCUUUUGGAGAGGCCUAUAAUUUCCUACUCGACGUAGGACAGUGGGCCGUUGCACUGAUUCAGUUCUUCGUCGUGUGUGGCCUAUUCAUUAUCAGGAAACGUGUGACAUACCCCCCUCAUGCCUUCAAAGUCUGGACCAGCGUGGCUUGCCUCUUUUUAGCAUCACAGAUAUUCCUUAUUGUGUCACCCUUUGUGGCCCCAGUGAACGGCCGUACCGGCCUACCAGUUUGGCUUACGCCGCUCACUGGAACAUUAGUGUUCUGCCUCGGUGGUAUUUACUGGUAUAUUUGGUGGGUGUUGCUGCCAGAGUGGGGGAAUUUCUCAUGGGAAAAAAGCUCGCUGAUUAGUCACGAUGGGGAGCAUGCGGUUGUCUGGCGACGCGUUCCAAAGAACUAA